GAUCUGGGAGCGUGCAGCAUGGCAAUCGGCAGUGCGCUGUGUCCCUCGGACACAGCGGAUCACCGAUCAACGGAAAGAGCCGAAGAUGUCGGCUCGGUCAUGUGAUCAACUGUGUCCAAUCACAGCUGAUCACAUCCCCAGCAGUGCCACCUAUCAGUGCCAGCUGUCAGUGCUCAUCCAUGCCACCUGCCAGUUCCCAUCAGUGCCUACCAGUGCACAUCAAUGCCACAUAUCAGUGCCCAUCUGAGCUGCCUUUCAGUGUCACCCAUCAGUGCCAGACAGCGGCACCUAUGAAUGCCAGUCAGUGACGCCUAUCAGUGUGCAUCAGUG